AUGGCGAGGAUACAAGUGUUAAAACUUCUAAUAUGCAGCUGUGUCGUACUGUGUAGAAAUGUCGAUCGCGGAGACUCCACGGCGACUCUUAACGACGUUGUAGGCUCUAGAAUUCUCGGGAUCUUGCGUCAGCUGGGUGAUCUCUCUGCGUGCCCCACUUGCAGCUACAGACUUUGUGUUGCAUAUUUUUCGGAGUUGAGUAUAUUAGAUUACAAAGCUUUGAAGUUUGUGCCAUUUAUGUUAGCUGCUUCUGCUGUGUUUCUCGCUCGAUUCAUCAUCUGUCCCAAACAACAUCCUUGGAAUCACAUGUUAGACGAGCACACAAAAUACAAAGCAGCUGAUCUACAACUGUGUCUUGGAAUCAUACAUGACUUAUAUUUGAGCAAAGAGGAGGUUCUCUUCAGAAUAUCAGAGAGAAAUACAAGCACCAUAAGUUCCAGUCUGUUGCGGGCAACUACUGGUUACCUUUUGCGAGGGUGUUAUCAUUUUAUCCGAAGCUUUGCACUUGAAGCAAAAGGCUAA